CCCACCCAGCCCCUCCACCCCGUCCCCGACGAUGUCGUCUUCGCUGCGGGCCUCGCUGCUGCACCGCGACGGGCAGCGGCGGCGAUUCGCGGUGUCCGUGGGGGGCGGCGGCGGCGGCGUGCGGGACUUGACUCGGGCCCUCGAGGUGCUCCGGGAGGAGGUCUCCGAGGCUCUGACCGAGCUGGUGGAUCAGGAGAAGACUGCGAAGGCUACUGGUGGUGAAGAAGGCUCGGCUGGAGAAGAGGCGGACGAGAGUGAUGAUGACGACGAUGAUGACGACGACGGCGGUGGUGGUGACAAAGCUCCUGGACAGGGUCAGGCUGGACCGCGUCAGCCUGAGUCUGAGUUCGAGUCCGGGUCGCGUCAAGCGGCGUGCGAGGGAGCUGUGAAGCGAGGGGUGGGACAGCAAGAAACUUCGACGAAGUGUCCCGCGAAAAAGAAGAAGCAUUAGGACUUGUCGUUUUUUUCUUCCCGAUCAUCGGCUCUUCUGGCUCGCCAAUGAGGGCUGUGUGUACAUGAAUGACUCUUUAUUUCUCAAUUCAACGGCUGGGUGAGGGCCUCGCACCACACUGUGUUCGUCGUGGGGGUUAUGUAAGCGCACCUCACUACGCUGGUCUUUAUGGGUUGGUGAAGAUAUGAGGGGGGGGGGGGGGUUGUAUCCAGGGCCGGUCCAGAUAUCGCUCACCACUGAUGUGAAAUCGUGUCAGCCAGGUUCAGAGCACAGAGCGCUUAAAACUGCUGGCACCACCGCUCCCCGAAAGGGUUAUGGAGAAGCAGUGGUUGCAACUCGUCGUUGAUUGUGCCGCGUUUGCCGUGAUGUACGUGCACAAAGAACGGAAAAAUCGGCACAUCUGUCGAUGAUAUUGCCCUAAAGAAGGAAAUUAUAUAAUAGGUGACGUUUUCAGGCGGUGUAAUUUUUUUUUAUAUAUCGCAGAGGAGCCAUCGAGAUUGAAUAGCUAAUAACAGUUGCUCUGGCCACUAUCUCGCUUGCCCCUAAACAUCACCUAAUCUAAUUUCUGCUUUAUGCGCGCGUCGGCGUUGAAAAGCGAUUGAGCGAGUUAAGAUUCGCCGUGUGAGCUGUGUCCGUUUUUAUAAAUAAAACUCCAGCCCUGGUGUGGUUCUCCAAAUUAUGACUAAGCGUGUUGCGACAACGCGGGGUGUUCGGCGAAGUGGGGAAGCCAGUGACCUACAAACUCCAACCAGUAAUCCCUGCAGUCGGCACACUGCAGGGAAAUUCAGUGCAGUGCAUGCGUACUCCAGUCCUUGCCAUCCACCACGGCAAGCCUCCGUUCGAAUACUGAUUUGCAAAAUAUGAAAGCAGAUAACAUAUCGUAUAUAUCUGUGUCUCUACAUAAAAAAAAUAUUAUUUAAACAACCAUUUGCCCGCACGGCCCUCUGGGAGUUAUUCAUUUCAGCAGCAAAGUUUUUACUCCCAGAAAGCUGUGGGGCCCAUGGAUUGUGAUGA